GCCUUCCUUUCUUCUUACGCCAUCCAACAGUAACAGUACCGGAUUGAUUCUUGUGGGGAAAAGGGGGCAGUUGUCAGAUUAGGGUUUUAUACCCUACAGGGCUUUCAGUGGAUUAGGAGAGCAAGGAUUAAAAAAAGUGAAGAAAAAGAGAGGAAAGCAGAAAGAAGAAUAAAUCCUAGUUUGGGUAGUGAGACUCUCGUCUUCUUGGGGCUUCUAACUGAAUGCCCUUCUACUCUGUUUCUUAAUUUUUUUUUGGUAAGGAGGGCUCAGAGAUUUCUUAUUGUUUUGUUUGGAAACUACCACUCUCUUUCUUCAUUCUUUCCGUUUAUUUUGUUGUAGAUUGUUGGAAUAUUGGAACCGAAAUGGAAGAUUUGAAUGAUUUUUUAAUGGGUUUUUGCUCGGUUUUGGUUUGCAUAAAAGGGCUGGAAUUCCUUUAUCUUCUGCCGACAACCUUGUUUGUUUGAUACGCUGCUGAUCAGGAGAGAAUUAAGGGUGGGGGGUAAAAAGAUUUGGAUUGAUUCAUUGAUGGGGUUUCCCCGGAUUCUGAAGCAGAAGUAAAGGCUGAAAAAAUCCCUAUUUGGAUCGUUGAGAAAUUAGGUUCUGCAGAGUUGUUUUGAGUGUCGGGAGGAAUUGGUUGCUGAAAAUGGUGGAGCGCAAUGGUUUCAGUGAUGGGUCUUUUGUAGAUGUUGCCGGGAAAGACAGAUUGGACGAUGAGGAAGAAGAAUUCCGUAGCUGUUGUGCUGAGGAAGAAGAAUGGAGGGACAUGGAGGAAACCAACAUUAGUGCCUCGAAAGAUGAACUCGAUGAGUUUUCCUUGAAUAUGUUCUUCAAAGGUGUAUCGAUAUGUGGGGCUGGAGAUUCGGGGUUUUCAGGAAUUGGGGUGGUUAUGGAAAGAUUACCUGGGGUUCCUAUAAUUCAAGUGCAGAAGAAGCUUGACUUUUAUGUUGAGGAAUCGGUGGCUAAUUAUCUGGCUCUGAUGGAUGGUCUGGCGGAGGCUUUGCAGAAAGAUACACGUCGAAUAUUUUCGUAUACGGAUUCAGAGAUCAUGUAUGAUCAGAUCAUUCAUGAGGACAAACUUGAGAAUCCACUUUUGAUAGCACUGAGGGAAAGGAUUCUUGAACAUGCCAGUAAAUUAGAAUCUUUUGAAUUGAAAUUUGUGCCAAGCAUUCAACUGGAAAGGCCAUUGCAAUUAGCCCAAAUUGCAAUAGGUGUUGUCUGUUUGUCUGCUAAAGAAGAGGGAUCAGUUGAAGACUGCCCUAUCUGUUGCGAAGAGAAGCCAUCAUCAAUGAUGAUAAAAAUGAAAUGUUCCCACAAAUUUUGUUCACAUUGUAUGAGAAUUUAUGUGGAUGGAAAGUUACAGGCCUCUCAAGUCCCUAUAAGAUGCCCUCAGUUGAAAUGUAAGUAUUACAUCUCAGCCAGUGAGUGCAAAUCCUUUCUUCCAGUCACCUGCUAUGAGUCUCUUGAGAAAGCACUCUUGGAAGCCAAUAUUCUUGACUCAGAAAAAUUCUAUUGCCCCUUCCCAAAUUGUUCGGUGCUGCUCAAUCCUCGUGAGUGUGUGUCAACAAGGGCAAGCUCAUCAAGUCAGUCGGACUCUAGCUGCAUAGAGUGUCCAGUAUGUCAACGGUUUAUCUGUGUAGAUUGUGGAGUUCCUUGGCAUUCUUCCAUGAGUUGUGAAGAGUAUCAGAACUUGCCCAUGGAGGAGAGAGAUGCUGGGGACAUAACUUUGCAUCACCUAGCACAAAAUAAAAAAUGGCGGCGUUGCCAACAAUGCCGUAGGAUGAUCGAGCUUACACAAGGCUGUUACCACAUGACCUGCUGGUGUGGGCAUGAGUUUUGCUAUUCAUGUGGUGCUGAAUAUAGAGAUGGUCAACAGACCUGCCAAUGUGCCUUCUGGGAUGAAGAGGGUUUUGAAGACCUAGACAACCACGCUAACCAAGACUCAGAGCAAUGGAGAUGGGACUCCUUUAACUCGUUACCUACAAUCAUGGAUGCAUACUCAGACCAGGAGAGAUCACAGCUGGCACUCAUACAGAGGUUCCUUGCUGGAGGAUUCAGCUUGAGCGACCAUCAUCCUUACCAGUCUCCACCACGCUGUUCAGAUUCCUAUGUUGAUACCAUAAAGGACCUCCAUCAGCUUCCAUGGCUUGAGAGAUUUGUUUCUGUGAUCAGUGAUAACUACUAUGAAGACUAUAUUCAAUGAAUUAAAAGUGGUAUAAUUAUGGUGCAUCUCACCAUUGUUGUUAUACAUUGUCAGCGUGGUUGGCACAAACAGCUGCAUUUCGAAUUCUGCUGGAAGGUGGUGUAGAGAACCAUUCUUCUUGAGAGUGAAUGCUCAAUGACCAAGUUAAUUCAAAAGAAAUUUUUAUGAAACAAUGGCAUGUUCCUGGUGGUGUAGAGAACCACUUUUCUUUCCUUUUGAAAGUAAAGAUGUAAGAAAGAGUAGUAGGACAAUUGCCAAGGGAAUAAUGAAUUUGGCAAUGGUAUACAGUUUUAUUCUGUAGCCACUUGACACUAUCUAAGACAUGCGGAAUACUUGAUAGCUUGCCAGA